UGUGCAGGACGACAGGAUCUCAUCUCUCACCCGGGUCGUAAGGAAUUGCAGAACACUGGUUUGCUCAAUGAAGUAUUGCAGUACACGUGGUGGAGUCCAUGGAUGGGAGUUCCGAGACGUGCUCUUCUCAGGUUACGCUCCUGAUGGAGGGAUGUUCAUGCCUGAGAGUAUUCCAACGCUAAGCCGAGAAACUCUGAGGUGCUGGAGUGGACUAUCCUAUCCCAAACUGGUGGUGGAGGUAGCCUCACUUUUUAUUCCCGCUCAGCUAAUCUCCAGAGAGGACCUGAAGGAUCUUGUGCACUCUGCUUUAUCUGGAUUCUCUGUGCCCGAUGUGAUUAGAAUUGCACAGCUGAAGGAUGGCUUGACCAUCCUGGAGCUUUUCCAUGGAGAAACGCUGGCCUUUAAGGACCUGGCAAUGACCUGCACAGUGCAUUUCCUGGACUACUUUCUGCAGAAGGAGAAACACAGAGCUACUGUUCUUGUUGGUACAUCAGGUGAUACAGGUGGCUCAGCCAUCCAGAGUGCCAAAGGCCUGAGUGGUUUGGAUAUAGUGGUGGUUUACCCUCAAGGACGCGUUACUCCUGUCCAAGAGAAACAUAUGAUCACUUGCUUGGAGGAUAAUGUCCAUGUCUUUGCAGCGGACGGCUCAUCAGAUGACAUCGACCAGCCUCUCCGUCGUUUAUUUGCCGAUCAGGAUCUGGUCAAACAUCAUGGCCUCAUGAGCCUUAACUCUGUGAACUGGUCUCGUAUCAUGAUCCAGCUGACCCAUUUCAUCUUUGCAUACCUGCAGCUUACUUGUAUGGAGCAGAUGGAGGCUCAGGAACCAUUGCCUGAACUAGAAGUGGUGGUGCCCACUGGUGGAGCGGGGAACAUCGCAGCUGGUUUCUUUGUGAACCAAAUGGGUGUGCCCCUUAAGCUGGUGGCCAUGGUGAAUUCCAAUGAUAUUGUUCACAGGACUGUAUCAUCUGGUGAUUUUGCCAUGGCAGCUAAUGUCACACAGACGUUGGCUCCUGCCAUUGACAUUCAGGACCCUUACAACAUGGAGCGAGUGUUCUGGUUGCUUCUGCAAAAAGACUCUAGUUUGGUGAAAAAUAUGAUGGAGGAGUUUCAACAUUCACAUAAACAUACUCUGCUUGAAAACCACCACAAACUGUUGUCCUGUACUUUUUCAAGUGGAACAGUCAAUGAUGAAGGCAUCUUAGAGACGCUGAGGAGAUGCUGGGAGGAAAACCAGUAUGUGUUGUGUCCCCACACAGCAGUGGCUGCAUGGCAUCACUACCACUGUCCUCACGAUCCUACUAUUAAAAGGUGUUACCUGGGCACAGCGUCUCCAGCCAAGUUUCAGUCAGCAAUACAGAAGGCCGGGUUAAACUUUGAUCCACCCGAAGCGGUCAAAGCUUUAGACAAGUUACCUUCACGUUACCAGAAGCUGGAACGUACCUCUGACUGGUGCAAAGACUGGGAACAGCAACUUAGAAUGACAAUCCAGGCUGUGAGCUCAACCAGGAAAAACCGAGGGGUUUAUUACAUCUGAUUUUGGGAGAUUUAGAAAAAAAAGCACAAUCAUUUCAAAAAUCUGCUAACUGCACGCACUUUUUCCAAUUUAUGUUUGAUUUCCUUUUAUGGGUUUAGGUGCUUUUAAAGCAACACUAGGUCACUUUUCAACCUUUAUGGAAUAUUUUCAGGACAUUUCUGAUUAUAUGUCGACUGAGAACUAGUUGAACUAGAAACUGCCAUUUCUGGAGAAAUUACUCUGGGUCUUUGCUGUGUGGCUAUACAGAUCUUAGCCCAGCCCAGGGCUAUCAAUAGAAGGGACAAACAUGCCCGUUAAUGGCGUUAAACAAAGUAAAUGCCAUUAGAAAUGAAUGGGGAAAUUUGGACGUCCAUGGCCGUCAAUGGCAGCACCCUUCAUCAGUGUCAAUGUAAUCGGUGCUGACGAGUUCGAGUGAGGUGGGGGGGUUAGCCACACGGUUACUAACCAUCAUAUGCUAUUGUUUAGCCGCAACUGGAUUCAUUACCUUAUUACUAUUUAUCCUUCACACAGCCUGGAAACAGAAAUGCUGUUUAUUCCAUCUGCAGGCGACCGAGAGAUUGAUUUUUGAUUGACUGAUGAUUUUACGACACCGUGCGGGUGUGCGCUGGUCCUCAUGGGAAACGGUCUUCCUUAAUUCAAAAUACUACUGCUUUUGUCCAUUUGUGUUGCUAAAAUUGACCAAAACUGAAAAGUUACCAAGUGUUGCUUAAAAUCCGCUGAUAUCAGUAUCUGUUUGAUAUUGGCAUCGGAUUUUUGGAGUUGGACAAUACUGGUAUAUCGGUUAAAAAGUCAUUAUCGGACGACUCUACUUUUCUGUGUCACUAAUUUUUGUUUUUUUGUUUUUAUGUGAUUUAAAGCACUUUGAAUUGCCUUAUGUUGAUUUGUGCUAUACAAAUAAAUUUGCCUUGCAUGAUUAAAUAAAAUAUGUACUACUUCCUAAAUGUGGCUAAAGUUUUGUCAAUUGUAAAAUGGUAAAUGAGAAAGCGCUCAAAGCCAGUUACCUUGUUGCUGAACUUGUUGCUAAAUUCAAAAUGUCCCACACUGUGGCAGAGAAAUUAAUACUACCUGCCUUCAAAGUAAUUGUCAGCGAGAUGUUCGGCCCUGAUGUGGUUAAAGACAUUGCUAAAGUCCCCCUGUCUGAUAAGUCUGAGCUUUU